CAGGGUUUGAAUCCGUACCCGAAAUCGAAGCAGAUGGCCACGGCCGCCGGCGACGACGCCAGCAAGGCUAGCGACGCGCAGUCCAGCCGACCGACCGCGGGCGGCGGGACAACGACCACGAAAGACGUGUACACCUACGGACAGCACGAGCCGCUGGACUACUACCUGGACUGUUAUACCCGGGAGCGGAACCGAGGCUUGUACACGGCGAACCGCAACGUGCGCAACGAUCGCGGCGCAACCGCCACACGGCAGAACAACAACGGGGAGCGGCACGGGCUGGAGUGCCCCGAGGAGCGCGACUACUACCCGUAUUGGCACCCCUCCCCGUGGCACGACAUCGCCAUUUUUACUUCUGAGAAGCGGUGCAACUACUUCCGGGAGCACAGCCAGAACGUGGUUGGGAAGCACUACUGCCGGUCUACCUCCGCGACGGACGACGCGGGGACCGGCGUUUCCGAGUGCGCGAAAGCGAACAACGAGUUCGCGUGCAUGGCGCUCACGAGCGCGGGGGGACAGCCGCUGGGUUGUGCGUGGACCGAAUUUUCGUCCUGGGACGAGGUCGAGAGCCACUACAGCAGCGGCGAGGAAGGCGCACCCGAGUGCUACGGUGCCUACAAGACGCGCGACAACCACAACGGAAACUACGGCAGCGCAGGGGCGGGCGGGGGGUUCCAGAGCAAGAUCAACGGACAGGCCAGUCACUACGUGUGGAAAGUCCCGGACUACCUGCCCGCGAACGAGAAAUGCGUGUUUCGCAUUCGUUACAACAUCACCACCCUGGACUUUGUGGGCGUGGAUCCCGCGAAUAAGGACCAAGUGGGCGAGGAUUACUACGACCAAGUGGAUGCCUCCUGGAACGGGGCGAAAGCCGUUGUGAAAAACAACGAGCGCAGCGACGCGUUGCGUCUGCCGCGUGUGCAGAGCGACGCGAGCACCUGCAAAGACGUGGUUUUCACGGCCGAUAACCAAAAUGUGGUGCGGCUCUCGCCUGGCGGGGCGGAAGGCUAUGAGAAGUACUACGGGUGCGAUCCGAUCACGAACGUGGAGCAAACCAUUCUGAGCGACUACCGGCUGCAGCUGCAGAAAACCCCGUCCGGGACCAGGUUCGGGUCCUCCCCCGUCACACUUCGGUGCUGCCAGACCAACGUGGCCCGCCUGCUCACCGUGAACGCGAACGAAAAUCAGAUGGCGCGGACCUUCCAGGACCGCUCCCACGCGUUCGUCAUUCGCGAGCGGCCCAGCGACGUGUCCAGCUCCGCGCGCAUCGUGAACUACAACGUGCGGGGUCGGCGCGGGAACAUCGUGCAAGUGUAUCCGGCCGUUGAGUACGACUUUGUGCCUCCCGACCUGGAGAUUACGUCCGGGGACUACCUGCACUUUCAGUGGGCGAUGAGCGACGCAAACAACCGCGGCAACGCGGGAAACGGGCGCGCGGGUACGGACCGCGCCAACCUUGUCCAGGUGGGUACCAUCAACGUGGCCGACGCCGGGUCGCGGGGCAGUUUACUUUUUUCCGCCGCGGAGCACCGCGGCGGCGCCACGAAACUGUCGGACAAGGAGGCGCACACUUUGUUUUGCGACUACGAGGACACGGACGAAGAGGAGAGGGCCGAGUGCGAGGCAAAGAUCAUCCGCUUUGCUUACCUGGGGCAAACGGUUUGCACGGACCGCAACAAUGACCAGGCGGGCCGGAACUGUGCGCAGCUGAACUCCGCCGGCCCGUACUUCAAUUACGGACGGCCGCUGGCGAUGACCGAGACGGGGACGUUCUUCGUGAAAAGCACGCGGAACGACGACUUCUCGAACCGCAGCCAGAAGGCGCGCAUCACGGUGCGGCCCUUUUUGUCCCCCUUGGAAUGGUUCUUCAUCAUCCUGGGCAGCCUCGUGCUCUUGGCGGUUCCGCUCUUUCUGAUCUGCCUGGUGCGGUUUCAAAAACGGCACCCGGGAAGUGAGUGGAGCGCAAAUCGGUUUCGGGUCAACUGCUGUCUCCGUCGCGCGCUGGGCGGAGACGAAAGCGAGUUUACAAAGUGGCUGGAGGAGCGCCGCGCGAUAUUGGUCGGGCGUCACGAGCGGUUCCAGCGAAGCAAGUCCGUCCUGGCCAAAGAGGCUGUGAGCAGCGUGGUACCCCCGCACCCGGGCAGGAAGCGGUCGGACCCCAGUUUGUCUGCGUUCGUGGGCAACGCUCUUUGCGGGUGUUGUCGCCGCAAGAAGGCCGCUGCCGCAGCGGGUAGCGGGGAUGCUGCAAAGCCGAACAAGCCGCCGUCCUCCACCCCGACGACCAAGGUGGAGCCGGUAACCGAAGAUGGCAAGGCCACUCCGGCCGCCACGACGACGGCGUGGCGCGCCACCGGGGAGGGCGAGGACGGGCGCUCGCUGGGAACGCUGCACAUCAAGGGACAGAUCCUGCUCGCCGUUUGCUUCUUCGGGUCCGCCGUGGCGGGGUGGCUGCUGCACCUGGAGAUGGGCUACCACGGGUCGCAGUGGUACUGCUGCGCGAAGGCUGGCGGGUACGUGCUAAACCUCUCCUGCAGCUUGCUGACCCUUCCGAUGCUCCGCUUUCUCGCUUCGGCCAUGCGCCAAUCGCCGUUGCGCAUGUUCGUGCUCGAAGAUCCCGUGGGCUACCACAAGUUCAUAGCGAAGUACGGAAUCGGCUGCGGCGUCAUCCUGCACGUGCUGGGACACGUGAUGCACACCAUUGAGGUGACCAGUGGCGAAUCGUACUGGUACGACCGGGACCUGUUUAUCGAACCCCCCUCCAUCUGGCACGAGUAUUCCGGACUGCACUGGGCAGAAUAUUUUCUCUUCUUCGGUCACCGCGGAGUGGGCUGGACGGGCGUGAUCUUACUGCUUCACCUGUUCGCCAUCGUCAUUUUCGCGCUGGACUACACCCGUCGCCGCAGCUGGCACUGCCCCUGCUGCCGCUGCUGCGUUGUCCGCAGAAAUGCCUCUCAUCAAAAGCCCACGGUCGGCCCAGGGCAGAAGGCCGGAGCAGCAACUUCUACCGAGGCAGCCACACAUCAGCCAGGGACAAGUGACAAGGAUGUCAAACCACUUUGCAACUGUUGCGGGAUACCUUGGGUGUGGAAGGUUGUAGACGGGUACCGUAUGUUCUGGAUUUGGCACAGUCCCUACUCCAUCGCCAUUUGGUACGGGUUCAUCGUUGUGCACGCCCCCCACCGGUUUCUGAUCUGGAUGUUUGCCCCCGUGAUGCUCAUCGUCGCCGAUCACAUUCUCGGAAAAGAGUCGCAGUCCCCCUACGCGGUGCUGCACUCCGCAACCCUGGCCAAAGGGGACACGUUGAAGCUGCACUUCGCGCGCCCCCCGGGCUUUGUGUACGAAGCGGGACAGUACGCAGAAAUCUGGUGGCGGGGGGAGCGGCACCCCUUCACAAUCUGCAGUGCGCCGGAGGAGAAUGUUCUGUCGUUCGCUAUCCGCGCCAAGGACGAUCUCGACUGGUGUUCCGCGUUGCGGCGUCGGCUCAUCAAUUACUCCUACGAAUUGGAGCACUUCUCUGGCGAAGGUGCAAAGGAGAAAAAGCCGGACAAGUGGCGCGGCCCGCCCUGUGGUACGCAAAGGAAGUUCGCGCCGGGCGUCACCUCCAAGGGUGUACUGUAUUCCAUGCCAGUGGCAGCUGGAGGCUCCGGCAGCGCCUACCGUCGCGAUCAGAAGCUGUGUGACCCGGAGUUUUCUUCCGAGAUGAUAGAUCCCCCCAGCGGCAAGGCCUCGCCUUCAAGCAAGAACGUCUAUCGCGAGGGCGCGCACAAGGCAGUUUUUCCGGUCGCGCCAGCACCUCGCGGAAGCUCAAUGUCACCUUGGCAAAUCAAAUCGCCAUCGUCAGAGUUGUUGUCGAGAGGCACAGAUCAUGUUUUGUACCAAGCGUUAACUGAGUCCGAAGAUGUAACGACGCAGGUUAAAGAUUUGGGCGAUCAUCAUGUUGACGCUAUGUUGGGACAACAAGAAGACAAAAGGAAAUACCUGGAAGAUGUGCAGCUCGAGAAUGUAGACGCCGACCCGGGAGCUAGCUCAUCGGAGAAUGAUCGCGACAGACAAAUCAAAAACAUUUUCGGUCGCAACCACUACGAUUUCCUGCAGUCUGUGGAGGGUGUUCAUUGGGCCGCAGCCGUUGACGCAAUAAACGAAAAGAACUUCGCGAAGCACCAGCACGACAUUGGUAACACGCCGGAUGUUGCCCUGAACGGCCUGGCGCAAGUUGAAGUUGAAUUGCAAGAGUCCACCGGCGCUGUAGUUGCUCAAGGUGACCUUGAUGAUGAUGCAAAAGAACGAUACGGGGGGGACGGCACCAGCAAAAAGGAAGCUCUCGGGCCCACCACCUCUUGCUGUGCGGGGGUGCAGAAGCCAAGCGGUCACCAAGCUGGCCCCGCGGUGCGGCAACGCACUUUUACCGAGGGCGACGCAGAUUUGCAGCGGGAAAUCGAGGCCGCGACUCUGGUACCACCGGAGGCGAUCGUGCUGCAGCUCGGCGGCCCCUUUGGCGCGCCCGCGCAGAACAUGUGGCACUUCGACACCGUGCUCAUGGUGGGCACCGGCAUCGGGAUAACGCCGUUUGCCGCGAUGUUGCGAAGCGUAAACAUCCGUCUGCAACAGCGCGCCAAGAUGAUGCAAAACCUUUCGGGCCGCGAUGUUGCGCUUGCGAAAGCGGGAACGUCCUCAUCCUCGCUAAUCAAGCCCUCGACGCAGAGGAAAUUGCUGGCGGCAAAAAAUGAGCGAAUGCAGAAGGGUGCGACCACACACCUGAACAAGAUGAACGCGGAAGGAGCUGCGUCCGAGCCGGAAAACAUCAACUCGGGAACCGACGACGACGACGAUAUGCUCUGGACCACGAUCCGCGAAGCUACCAAGUGCCCGAGCAAACUGCACCUCGUGUGGAGCGUCCGCUCGCAGGACGAGUUCCAGUGGUUCUACGACGUGUUGGUGGAGUCGGUGAAUGGUCCGGCGAAGGACCACGUGGUGAUUAACCUGUUUCAAACCGGGGAAAUCAGUCUCUCGGAGCGCGUCCCGAUCAACUGCGAGUUUCACGAGUUCGCGGGCCGACCCGACUGGCGCCGCAUCUUUCAGAAACUCAGCACGGAGCAGGCAGAGGCGGUGAAACAAGCAGCGGGUGGUGCGACGCUCGGUGGAGGCGGUGGAUCCGGCUCCGGAACGCGGCCCAGUUUCGGCCUGGGGACGACCCUCAACGCGCAGAACACGGCCCGCAAGUCCCAGCGCGCCGGCGACGUUGGCGUUUUUCUGUGCGGAAGCCCGGCGGUCGGUGUGGAACUCAAGGCGCAGUGCCAAAAGUGCUCUCAAGGCCCAGUGCGCUUCCACUACUUCGCGGAAAGCUUCUAAACUAAUCAUACACUAGUUUUUCAAAAAACAAAGGCGAGCUGCUCCACGCAAAACCAUAACUAAUAGAGAAUUUCUACGACGAGUCGCUUGGCCCACUCACAUUCUUGUUUCGAUUCGUUCCGAAAAUCCAAACAUGAUGACACACAUGAUGACUCCCUCGUUGGGUAUAAGCGAAUCAAUUUGUGUUUGCCCGCAAGGGUCCCGUUCCGGCCGACUGCAAAGAAUUUUCUUUCGUGUAGGAUGAAGCGAAGAUGAAAAUGAAUAAGUAGCUAAUAUCACUCGUUCUGCUUUCGGGCAAAGUCAAAAAAAAAGUUGUUUCCUUGUAGACCACGUGGAAACAACGGACAAG